UAAAUCGAGCUCCCCGCACAGCCGAAGCCCAGAUGCCUCGCCAGGCUGCCCCGAGCUUAGUGGUGGGGGAAGGCGGCGGGCCCCAGGGGGCCUCGGGGACGGCGGUCACCAUGCUCCGCUCCCUGCUGCUGCACUCCCUGCGGCUGUGCGCCCAGACCGCCUCGUGCCUCGUGCUCUUCCCGCGCUUCCUCGGCACGGCCUUCAUGCUCUGGCUCCUCGACUUCCUGUGCAUCCGCAAGCACUUCCUGGGCCGCGGCCGCCGGGGUCAGCCCGAGCCUGAAAUGGAACUCAACAGCGAUGGCGAGGAGGUGCCCCCCGACGACCCGCCCAUCUGCGUGUCCGACGACAACCGCCUGUGCACCCUGGCGUCGCUGAAGGCGGUGUGGCACGGCCAGAAGCUGGAUUUCUUCAAGCAGGCGCACGAGGGCGGCCCGGCGCCCAACUCUGAGGUGGUCCUGCCCGAAGGCUUCCAGAACCAGCACAUCCUCGACUUCGCGCGAGGGAACCGCCCGCUGGUGCUCAAUUUUGGCAGCUGCACCUGACCACCAUUCAUGGCGCGCAUGAGCGCCUUCCAGCGCCUGGUCACCAAGUACCAGCGCGACGUCGACUUCCUCAUCAUCUACAUCGAGGAAGCACACCCCUCUGACGGCUGGGUGACCACAGACUCCCCCUACAGCAUCCCACAGCACCAGAGCCUGGAGGACAGGGUCAGUGCGGCAAGGGUGCUGCAGCAGGGGGCACCCAGCUGUGCGCUGGUGCUCGACACCAUGGCCAACUCCAGCAGCUCAGCCUAUGGCGCCUACUUCGAGCGCCUCUACGUCAUCCAGAGUGGCACCAUUAUGUACCAGGGUGGCCGCGGCCCAGAUGGCUACCAGGUCUCGGAGCUGCGCACCUGGCUGGAGCAUUAUAAUGAGCAACUGCACGGCCCUCAGCCCCGUGGGGUGUAAAACAACCAAGGACACUGGUUGGACUCGGUGGGCUGUGCCCUGGAACACUGGAAGGCCACGUGUGGAUGCCCCACGUGGAGUCAGGCUGGGCAGGGCCCAGGGACACCGCUGUGCUGAGCAGCGCUGCAGGCUGAGGUGCCCUCAGCCGAGCCCGGGAAGACGCCUCUGCCUCCCUGGACUCUGAUUCUGUGAUUGUCCUGUGACCGUCCUCUUGUGACUGCCCACCACCUAGACUGGCCUGGCUCACUCGAAAUUUCCUGAGUGUGGGUGUGGUGCCAUUCUUGCCUGGGCACCGCUGGAUCUGUCCUUGCCGAGGCCCGGGCCGCCGGCUCUCACACCCCCUCCCCAGAAAGGAGAGCCAGUGAGCCUUCCCCG